UCUCUUCUUGACUCUUGAACUAGAAACUUGUCCCAAGUGAUGCUUUGGUGGAAAAGGAAAUGAUUUUGGACUGAAGGUACAAGUUUUCAAGUUUAUGUAUGUAUGAAUCAGAGUAGUUACUCUGUUGCCUGCAUCAGGGUGUAAUAGUGGACUUUGGUAAGUGAGGAUGGUGAUGGAAGUCGUCUAUCAAGGUUGGUUAGUCAAGUCACCACCACCUCCAAAGACCAGAGUCUUCAAGGCUAAAUGGAGAAGGAGAUGGUUUGUUUUGCGUCAGUCUGGAGCACUGCCUGGCCAGUAUGUUCUGGAGUAUUUCACUGAUGAAACUUGCAAGAAAAUUAAGGGCCAUAUUGAUUUGGAUCAGUGUGAGCAAGUGGAUGCAGGGCUGACGUUUGGAAAGUACAAAUUCAUGUUUGAUAUCUACACUCCUCAGCGAGUAUAUUACUUGGCUGCAAGCUCAGAGAAUGAAAUGAGCCGAUGGGUGGAGUGCCUAUGCAAGGUGUGUGGCCUCAGGGCUUCACAGGAUGAAGAGUUUUUUAGGAAUGGUCCUUCCAUCAGCAGUGGUGAAGUAUGGAUGAGUGCAAAUGGAAACAUGCUACCUCCAGGCACUCCAACAUCCCCUUCAAGCCCAUUGGACAUGCCAUUCUAUGGCCCCUACAUACCCAUCAGUGAAUGCGUGACUGGCAAAGUGCCUAUUGAGGAACCAUCCAUGAUCCUUUCCCCAUCUCAGGAAUUAGCCAGAACUCCCCUCUCCUCCACUCAUCACCGGGAUCUCCCUUCGCGGAUGAGAGACCUCUCAUCAUCUAAACCAAUUCCCUCUGUCAACUGGGACACUUACCCUGAUGAACUGGUCCAAUCCCUUGCUGCAGAGAGUAGGCUAGGUGACUUGAAUGUGUCUGAAUCACAACAUGACCAGUCUUCAUCAUCCCUUGUGUCUGGGACUUCAACAGCUUCUCACCGACAAAAUGAUCAAGAAGCUGAGGAUGGGAAUGGUGCCAGUGUAGAACCAAUGCUACAGCUGACAUUGGCAUCCCAUGUGAAAAAUCCUUCACCUCAAGUAUUCCUCUAUGAAUUCUCAAAGUCUGAUGAAUCCCAAAAUCAGAAGAGGGAGCGGUUUUUGAGGGAUGGGCCUCCUUCAGUGAAUAGAAACUUGAAACCACCUGCAAGGAAACAUGCAGAGUCGGGAGGGAGUCCAAUGACACCAACUGAAGCAAGCCCUGGCAUUGUAGGACAGCCUCCUCCAAGAGUUGAUCGCUCGUUGAAACCUCAGAGGAACCCUAGCUCCUCGAGCCACAAGCAAGAGUUCAAGUUGGGUCCCCCUCCCCCUGGAAGAGGUCAAUGGCAGAAGACACCCAGAGCUGCUCCAUCUCCAUCUCCUCCAAGUAUGCUGACCCAUUCUGCUGCCACAUUGCCAAGGAUGCGACGCUUCAGCACAGAUUCAGAUGAUGGUCCUAUGACCAUUCCCUCUUCUCGCAACCAAGAUGAUGAGCAGAUUUUCUACUACUGUCAAGGUGGAAGGUUCAUCCCAUCUCCCAGGGGGAGAAGGGAGCAAUCUCCUGCUUCUUCAUCUUGGGGGAGGCAGCAGGAGAUUCAGUAUCUUGAUCUAGAUCUGGAGAAUAUGGCAACAACACCCAAACCUCCAGAGAAAUCACCUAUCUCUACCACUGUAUACAAGACAGUGGAUUUCUUGAAGACAGAAGCCUUCAACAAGACCCGAGAGGAUGUUGAAGCAUCCUACCGAAAGGAACAGGAGAGUGUUCUAUCUGGUUGA